GUCAAGAUAUGUUUCAACACCUUUACUGGAUUUCCGUUCCUCAAAGUUCUAAUGACCACGUCUCAAGAAAAACCGUAUACCGAGAAGCGAGACAAUGCUUCAAUAUCAAUGAACGAGCGCUCAGCUUCUCAAGAUGACUCUUUUCGAAAUCUAAACGCAAAGCUGGCCAAUCCUCUAGCGCACAUACCUCGUGAACAGCUCAUGGAGGAUGCCAGACUGUUCGCAGAGACACAUGGCUUGAAGGAUCUUGUUUUGGAAUUUCAGAAGGGCGCUUUAGUUGCUCAAGAUCCAUCACAAUUCGAAAAUUUGCCACAACUUGACGAAGCAGACAAGGCCGUCUUCAGACGAGAACUCACACACAAAUGGGAUCAGCCUCGUAUGUUGUAUUACCUUGUUAUUCUCUGCUCUAUGGCCGCAGCCGUCCAAGGGAUGGAUGAAUCCGUUAUCAACGGUGCCAAUCUUUUUUUCGCUACUCAGUUUGGAAUCGACGUGAAAGCGAACGAUAAUGGCAAGAACCAAUGGCUUCUCGGACUUGUAAAUUCCGCGCCAUACCUGUGCUGUGCUAUCCUGGGUUGCUGGUUGACCGAUCCGCUCAACAGGUUCCUUGGUCGUCGGGGGACUAUAUUCUUGACAGCAUUGGUUUCGUUCUUGACUUGUAUAUGGCAGGGCGUGACCAAUUCAUGGGAGCAUCUUUUCGUUGCUCGUUUUGUACUCGGACUGGGUAUCGGUCCCAAAUCAAGCACCGUUCCUGUUUAUGCUGCCGAAUGUGCACCUCCCGCCAUUCGUGGAGCUCUCGUGAUGAUGUGGCAGACCUGGACCGCUUUCGGUAUUAUGAUUGGGACCGUUAUGGAUCUUGCCUUCUACAAAGUACCAGACCCACCUCAUGUCACAGGCUUAAAUUGGCGUUUAAUGCUAGGUAGCGCCGGUAUUCCCGCGCUUUUUAUCUGCUUGCAAGUCUUCUUAUGUCCAGAAAGCCCCCGAUGGUAUAUCUCGAAAGGUCGAUACAGAGAGGCUUACAAUUCACUUGCGCGCCUAAGACGUCACCCAAUUCAAGCCGCUAGGGAUCUAUAUUACAUCCACAUUCUCCUUGAGGCGGAGAAGGAUAUCAUGCGUAAUCGUAAUAGAUUCAUGGAACUUUUCACCGUCCCCAGAGUCCGCAGGGCGACGUUAGCCUCCUUCAUCGUCAUGUUCAUGCAACAAUUUUGUGGGAUCAAUGCUAUCGCAUACUACUCUAGCAACAUUUUUUCAGAGGCCAACUUCAGUAAUACCCAAGCAUUACUUGCUUCCUGGGGUUUCGGAAUGAUCAAUUGGAUAUUUGCUUUUCCGGCCAUCUGGACGAUUGAUACGUUUGGCCGUAGAAACCUGCUAUUGACUACUUUCCCUCUCAUGUCGAUUUUCCUGUUGCUGGCUGGAUUUGCUUUUUGGAUACCCGACCAGAAAGCUCAAGUGGGCGUCGUCACCCUUGGUAUCUAUCUGUUCUCGAUGGCCUAUAGCCCAGGCGAAGGUCCUGUUCCGUUUACUUACUCCGCCGAGGCGUUCCCUUUGUAUGUUCGUGACAUCGGAAUGAGUUUUGCAACAGCAGUUCUAUGGUUUUUCAACUUCAUCAUCGCCCUAACCUUCCCCCGACUGAUUGGAGCUUUUAAACCCCAAGGUGCUUUCGGAUGGUUUGCGGGGUGGAACGUUAUUGGCUUCUUCGCGAUCCUACUUUUCGUUCCCGAAACCAAAGCUCUCAGUCUAGAAGAGCUUGACCAGGUCUUCAGUGUGCCAUCACACACACACGCUGCCUAUCAACUCAAGGCACUCCCUCACAACAUCAAAAGGUACAUCUUCCAAAUGCACGUGCCAGAUAUUCCUCCUUUGUACGAACACGAAGGUGUUAUCGGAGAAAAAACUUAUGCUCCUGGAGGGAUGGGACAUGCAUAACAAUUCAACCCAGAUAAAUAUCAUGUAUCCUACUACAAGAAAAUGUAUUUUGGUCCCUGUAUCUACCUUGAAAAUUUAUUUUUGCAAACUCCUGGU